AUGAAAUCUCUAGCGAACUAUUCUCGGUUGAAAGCCGAAAGCGAAAUGGAGUUACAGCUUGAAGCUGAGAAACCACCCAUUACUCGAAACUCCUUUAUGCCAGGUUUUCGAUCGAACCCGGUUGAACUGGCAUGGCGCUCUACUUGUGUUUUCAUGUUUUUCACCGGUGCUCUAAUGAUGACGACAGCUCUGAGAUGGGCUCCGUCAGACAAAUACUGUGCUGCGCAGCUCAGCGUCUGGUCUCCCCUGUUGGAAGCCGUCGAGUACGAGGAGCGUGACUUCGAGAGUGGUCUUUCCUUGGAGAGUUCGGGCUUCACUGGCCCUCCUACUGCAGAGAUGGAAGCCAAAUGGGAAAGUCUUGCCCAAGUUCCCGGUGUCUUGAUACCAUCUGAGCGUGUUCCAUACCUUAACAGGAGCGUCGAUCAAGGCUUUGUUCCGGCAACGGCUUCUUCUCCUUCCUCGGGCUACGUCGGUGGAGUCGAGGUAUUCCAUCACCUCCACUGCCUCAAUAUGCUGCGACAAUACAUAUGGAGAGACUCGUACCCUGAAAAUAUGAUGCCGAGCCUACUCAAGCAUAACUCGCCGGGAGUUGCCCGGAAUCACACAAAUCAUUGUAUCGAUACACUGCGUCAGGCUCUCAUGUGCACCGGCGACGUUACCCCAUAUCUGGUUUAUAAGACAAAAGGAUCAUCUAUUAAGUCAGAGGGGCCUGUUAGAGAAGAUUUCCAAGCGUCUCAUAAGUGUAGGAAAUUCCCCAAACUGUUGGACUGGAUGAUGGAAAAUGGGGUCGUAAUCUCAUGGGAGUCGGUAAGCGAGAGCAUGUAG